GUUUUAUUUAUAUUCGUUUGUAUACUCUUGUAUUUUAUGCAUUUGUCUGUAGUGUUCAUGAAAAUCGCAAUAUAAAAACAAUGUAUUACUAUAUUUAGUAUUAUUAUACACCAGGUAGUUAUACGAGUUAGCUGGAUCUUUUACAAGUUACUGUCGCAUUCAUGACGACAUGAGGCUCGGUUGGUUAUCUUGUCAAAAUGAAAGGGGAAGUAAAACCGUGAAACAACUUUUACCAACCAAGGUUUCGGUUGCCGAAGAAACAGCCGAACAACUAAAUAAAGCAUGGAAUCAACGAAGAGUGAUGUUAAAUUCUUCAUCCUAACGAAGAUAAAUCAUUCCAAACAUGUCCAACGGGGCAGCUUAUGCUCUAUCUCAAAUUCCAGAUAUGAAUCUGAAUACAUCACUCGAAAGAGAGCCACAAUACAUGUGACAGGCAUGGGCUCCAAUACGGAAGAAGUAGUAUUGAUUAGUGACAUGGUUCUUUUGAGUACGAAAGAGGCUGAAUUGCUUUAUGCCUUAGACGGGAACGACACCAGACUGAAAUGGUUUCAAGAGAAGACAGCGCUGAAAUCAGCUGUGGGCCUCACUAUAGAUACUCGAGUCACUGUCAUGGGAUACAUACAGGACCUUCAAGGAAUCAUUCGUUACAUUGGACCGUUCACAAAAUACACAUAUGCUAAGCCUAAUACCAUAUCAGGAACAUUUUUUGGUAUUGAAUUGCAGGGAAACGACAAAGGAAAAGGGCAGUAUGGUGGGAUCACGUCAAAGUCCUUCUUCCAAUGUGAGAAUAACAAUGGCCUCUUAGUGCCAUUCUCCAAAAUCCAACCUAUAGUGCCUAGUUCCCUUACACUGUCAACCCAGCAGGCCUCCUCCCAGAAACAUUCCAACCAAAUAACCAAAGGAGAGACUGUUCGCUACGUUGAUGAUAAAAGCCAGGCGUUAUGGCUAGUAAUGGGAGUGGGGGACCAGGAUGGAGAGCCGAUGGUCAACAUUACCACAGAUAAUAGAACGAUCGACGUUCCAAUGAAUUGUGUUGCCAGGGUGAUCACAGAACACAAAGCCCAGCAGGCCUCCUCCCAGAAACAGUCCAACCAAAUAACCAAAGGAGAGACUGUUCGCUACGUUGAGGAUGAAGGCCAGGCGUUAUGGCUAGUAUUGGGAGUGGGGGACCAGGAUGGAGAGCCGAGGGUCUGCAUUACCACAGAUGAUAGAACGAUCAAUGUUCCAAUGAAUUUUGUUACCAGGGUGAUCACAGAACACAAAGAGCCCAAUUUGUUCCUGGGUGCCAGCGCGGCCUCGGUGGAACCACAGACAUAUUCUGAAACGGUUCUCGGUGUGGACUCCCUGAUUGAGUUCAACUUGGCUGAAUGCGUCGGCUAUGGGGUGAUCCGCUGGAUUGGUGUGGUGCCUGACCGAAAAGAUACCAUGUGUGGUCUGGAGCUGGAGGAACCGCGGGGCACGAGCGACGGCACGUUUAAAGGGAAGCGCUACUUCAGCUGUCCACCGAAGAAAGCCUUGUUCGUUAAGCUGGAAUCCUGCCGGCCAGACACGCGCUUUUCCAUUCCAUCGUCGGCCAAGCCCGGCAUUACGUUUGCCCACCAGAAACACGAAGACGAGGACACAAGGCACGAAGGCCCCUGUGACACCGUUGAGCAUAUCCAGACAGACCAGGUGGACCGGAUUCUGAUUGGUCGGAUGAAGGGCAUCCAGGGCCACUGUAACUCCUGCUACAUGGAUGCUGCCCUCUUCAGUUUGUUCUCUUGCACCUCUGUGCUGGACUCUCUGCUGUUUAAGACACUGAAACCAGAAGACGAAGAGAUCCAGAACACCCUGCUACGCGAUAUCGUCAACCCUCUCCGCAGUAAGGGUUUUGUGGAAGGGAGACACAUCAUGAAACUACGGCAACAGCUCUUAAACCAUGGUUACAGCCAUACCUUCACCACUCAUGAGAAAGAUCCAGAAGAGUUUCUGACCAUCAUCAUGCAGCACAUUAUGGCGUUGGAGCCACUUCUGAAACUCUCCACAGCUGGAAAGGUGCAGGAGAGCUACUGCUAUCAGAUCUUUCUGGACCAGAACCACAGCCUGGUUCUGCCCACCAUCCAGCAGCUCCUGGAGCACUCCUUCCACAGCAACGGACUCAAACUUGCGGAGGCACCCUCCUGUCUCAUCCUCCAGAUGCCUCGCUUUGGGAAGAAGUUCAAGAUGUUUGAAAAAAUCAUUCCGUCUCUGGAGCUGGACGUCACUGACCUCCUCACCGAAGGUCCUCAAUACUGCAUUCUCUGUGGACAAAUAGCCCUAAUAGAGUGUACAGAAUGCUUUAAAGACCCCGUCUUCAGCCAAACAGGAUUCAAGGUCUUCUGCGAGACCUGUUCUGCACAGGUCCACUCCCCCUCCGAGCGUCAGGCUCACCGCCUCAGCAAGCUGCUGCUUCCAAAGGGUUUCCAAGAGUCCCUUCGUGUUCCCCCGGAGAAGAUGGAGCUGUUUGCUGUGCUCUGCAUCGAGACCAGCCACUACGUGUCCUUCGUCAAGCACGGACCAAAGAGCCAGGACUGGAUCUUCUUCGACAGCAUGGCGGACAGGGAAGGGGGACUGAAUGGAUAUAACAUCCCCGUGAUCGAGGCCUGUCCCGAGGUGGGAGAGUACCUGGACAUGCCCCCUGCGGAGCUGGCCAAUCAGGUGCCUCGGGACAUGAAGGGAGUGGCCAAGCGUCUGUUCUGCGACGCGUACAUGUAUCUGUACAGGAACCCUGCGUUGGAAUUUUAUCGCUGACGUUUUGAUAAAAAUAACAUACAAGUAUGAUGACACAAAAAUAUGUGCACCAGAAGUCUAUGCAAUCUCAUAAUCAUUAUGUUUUAGAUUUGUUAAAUUAGACAGGUUCAUUCUUUGUAUCCUUUGUAUCCUUUUGCUCUAUAAUCUGACGAUACUGCACUUCCAACGAUAUAUGCAUAUUUUUCUUUAGAUAUUCACGAGCAUUAUUUGUUUAUUUGACUAGGAUAUUUACAUCCUAAUUUCAUUCUUGGGCAAAUGGGUUACUCCAUGUUGGUGCCCUCAUGGUAAGAAUCUAAUUUGAUUUGUUUUGGGAACAUGGACCAAUCUACUGAAGAAAUUUGUAUGUAUAUUCCGAUUAUUUCAAUAUUUAUUAAAUGGGCUUGUUGGGGUUUUGGGUUAUAUUUUGGUCAUUUUACAUAUGGUCAUAUAUUUUUUAUUUAAUUCAAAUUGAUUGAAUCCUGUAUUAAUCAAAUCUGUAAUUGUCUUAUCCGAGCUUUAUAAUCUUUACAAUAAUAAAAUAAAUAGGAAAUACACUUA